AUCGGGAUGCGCAAGCGCAUAUAACUGUGCUGCAGUGCGCGGCGGACGCAAACACACGCACGACGCCGCGGAGACAGCCGUCAGAAUGCGUGUGAUACUAUUCACGUUGGCCGUCUUGGCUGCAUUGACUUGUGUUAAAUCAGCGGACAGCAGAGCGCGUAUAGUAUGCUACUUCAGUAACUGGGCGGUGUACCGGCCCGGCGUUGGUCGCUACGGCAUCGAAGACAUACCAGUGGACAUGUGCACUCACAUCAUAUACUCCUUCAUCGGCGUCACUGAAAGCGACAGCCAGGUGCUGAUCAUUGACCCUGAGUUGGAUGUGGACCAAAACGGAUUCCGAAACUUUACAUCACUGAGGUCGAAGCAUCCGGAUGUGAAAUACAUGGUGGCGGUGGGCGGCUGGGCUGAAGGCGGCGCCAAGUACUCCCACAUGGUGGCACAGAAGCCUUCCAGAAUGGCGUUCGUUAGGAGCGUAGUCGACUUCAUGAAAAAGUACGACUUUGAUGGUCUGGAUCUGGACUGGGAGUACCCUGGGGCUGCGGACCGAGGUGGUUCCUUCUCCGACAAGGACCGGUUCCUCUUCUUGGUGCAAGAGUUGAGGAGGGCCUUUAUUAGAGUCGGCAAAGACUGGGAGCUGACUGCCGCCGUGCCUUUGGCAAACUUUAGGCUAAUGGAGGGGUACCACGUGCCAGAUCUAUGCAAAGAACUCGACGCCAUUCACGUAAUGUCAUACGACCUGCGAGGAAACUGGGCCGGAUUUGCUGACGUCCAUUCUCCCUUGUACAAACGUCCUCAUGACCAGUGGGCAUACGAAAAACUCAAUGUGAACGACGGUCUCGAGCUAUGGGAACAAAAGGGAUGUCCGUCCAACAAACUGGUAGUCGGCGUUCCAUUCUACGGUCGUUCGUUCACUCUGUCCGCUGGCAACACCAACUACGGGCUCGGCACUUACAUCAACAAGGAAGCUGGAGGCGGAGACCCGGCGCCUUACACCAAUGCUACAGGAUUCUGGGCUUAUUACGAGAUCUGUACAGAGGUCGACAAACCAGGAUCAGGUUGGACGAAAAAGUGGGAUGAGCACGGAAAAUGCCCCUACGCGUACAAGGGAACCCAAUGGGUGGGGUACGAAGAUGAGAAGAGUGUGGAAAUCAAGAUGAACUGGAUCAAGGAGAAGGGAUACCUUGGAGCGAUGACCUGGGCUAUCGACAUGGAUGACUUCAGGGGUCUCUGCGGUGAAACCAACCCUCUGAUGAAGCUGCUACACAAACACAUGAGCUCGUACACUGUGCCGCCUCCACGAUCUGGAAACACUACGCCUACUCCUGACUGGGCCAAGCCACCAUCAACGCCAUCUGAUCCAUCUGAAGGUGCGCCAAUUCCUACCACCACCACCCAGGCGCCCCCUAAACAGACCACUGUGAAGCCUACCACCGCAAAACCUACCACCGCGAAACCUACCACUGAGAAACCAACCACAGAGGAACCACCCAAAGCUCCUGGAUCUGUAAGCGACGUGGAACAGCCACCAGCGGAAAACGAAGUGGACAUCCCGGCAGUAUGCAAAUCUUCGGAUGAUUACAUCCCGGACAGGAAGCACUGUGACAAGUAUUGGCGUUGCGUGAACGGUGAAGGCAUGCAGUUCAAGUGUCAGCCCGGUACAGUCUUUAACACCCAGCUGAAUGUCUGCGAUUGGCCCGACAGCGCUAACAGAGCUGAAUGCCGUUCAUAGACUAUAGACUAUAUAACUUAGGCCAAACCAAUGCGUCGACGCGUUCUCUGAGUUCACUUCGACGCGUGCUAUUCCGGUAUUUCACACUCGUCGACGAACAUAUCGCCUAUAACACGUCUUACACGAGUACGUACUCGUAUUUGAACUUUAUGUUUAUAGGAUGCUAAAACUAAAAUGUCUCUAACAAAGAUGUUGCCAUGGUGUUUUGGAACGAUGUUUUUUUAACUUUACGAAUGUUGGGAACGCUGAGGUUUGGCUGAAGUUUUAAAUUAGUUGUUAGUUUAGGUAAGGCUGGUUUGAGUGGUACAUUUUCAUAGGUUACAGCUGUUUUAAUAUUUUUUCGUGAAAAUUCUUUGAGCUAGUUACAUAAAUUUGGGAUGUUUGGAAAUUUUGGAAAUAGCCAUUAAGCUUUAAUCAGAAAAAUCAUUCAAAUUCAAUCAAUCCAUUUCCAGAAAAAAAAAUGUAUAUGUCGUAAAAAUGCGUAGAGCCAUUAAUAAAAAUAUGGACAGAACCGCUGACCUAACCUUGGUCAUCGGCUCUGCCAAUUACAAUAGGUAUGCUAUGCUUAACCUCACUAAUCGUUUACACAAUAAACUACUCUUAAUUUUACUAUUUUACCCUGGUAGUUGUGGUAGAGGAAGUACAUCGAGCAAGUCCCAGGACUUGUGACCAUUGGGUGUGGUUUAAAGGCGCCUUUUAAUACUAGUAAACACUCACCAACCCUGCCCGACAUGCUCUCCAUGCCCACAGUAAACAAUUUAAGAUCAAUAAUUACUUCAUCACGAAACAUUUUCGAACAAAAUCACUAACGCGACAAGCAGCAUGACGCCUCAAGCUGCUCAACAAAGAAUUGAACCAAUUAAUAGCCCAAGUCACUAAUCACUUUCCUUUUCUUAAUAACACUACUUAACACUUCACUAUUUCACUAUACUUAACAAGUAGAAGACGAUUAUUCCAUCUUAAAAACGCGUUUAGAACUGAAUUACUAAAUCAGCAGACUACGGAGACAGACGGAGGCAGGAUGUGACUCCUCACUAGAGUGAAUACACAGUGACGGUACACGCGUACGCGCCAUUUCGGACGCGAUGCCAUUGGAUGAGAGUUACGUAAUCAUUUGCUAUUGGUCGAUCGCCGCCACGUUCGUUAUGGUGGUAACGUUUUACAAUCUUAAUUACUUAAAGAGUAAAUAAUCAAAACCUAAUUACAUGAAAACUUGAUUCUAAAUUUAUUAAAUUAAUUAACGUAGAUUUUGCUGACCAUUACGACAGCAAAAUCUCAACACAGAACCUAAAGAGUUUCUUUUCUACUGCUGUCAACUGUCAUCAUUACUUGAGAGACUAAUUAUUAAUUAAAUCAAAACGGAACAGUAUUUUGAUUGCAAAAUGAUUAGAUUACUAGAUAAUAAGUCGAUUCGAAAUAACUACAGAGUAAACAUGAUAACUAUUAGGUCUGAGGCCAUAGAGCCUUCAGUGAGCCAAGCUUCCCCGGCGACAUAUACAUUAUUUAUCUCGCAAAUAAGACAAAGACAACUUAGAUAUACGAAUACGUACCUACUUGAACCUUCUUAUUUAAUUCGAAUUAUAGAUUAAGUUACGCGUGCAUUUUGUCUCAAUUUAAUUAUUGUAAAUAAUAUUAAGACUUAAAAGUCUAAAACAGUUUCGAUUGUGUUCCAAUUAAAUAUUUAUUAUGGCGCAUGAUUUAAAUUGUUUUACACGUUAAAAUUAAAAUACUCAGCUUUUUAAACAGUUUCAGUUGAAAAAGUCACAAAAUUUUAAAAUGUGAGAAAAAAAUUAAUGAAUUUUACAUUAUUAUCAGGUGUGAUUUACCUAGCAUUUAUCUUUUAUUACAUUUACGUGCGUCAUACUUACAUUAUAAAUAAUUAUUAUUUAAGAUUUUAUCUGAGUUUUUACCUUUACGCUCAAAUUAAUAUGACAGGUAAUACGGAGAACCGACGAAAAAUGGAGAGAAGAGAGGUUAACAAUUCGACGUGUAUUUUUUAUGUAUGAACAACUGACUUAACUUAUGUAACUUUUUACUGAGUUGUUCGAUUUUGACAAUUAUUUUUAAAUAUACGUUCCGUAUUACUCACAUCAGUUACAUAUAUUAUUGAACUGCAGGUUUAAUGAAUCAAGCAUAUUGCUCAAUUAUAUUUAUUCAUGGAAUGUUUAUAAAAAACUAGGAACUUAUCUCUCAAGUCUCCAAGUAGACCGAAUUCAAAUUCAAAAUGUGGUUCAAUGUUCAGUGUUCAUCCAUUGAACUUAUAUACUCUGUAACCACUCUAUGUUACAAUACAAGAUUAUCGUUUAUUUGGAGAAAAGUUCGUCAUACAUAAAAAAACAUGGUAUUUAUUUUUUUCGUUUUUUUUUCCAAGAAAGUUUCACUGACGUACGAGUAAAAUAAAAACCUUGUAAUUAGUUAAUUCGAAAGAUUGAAUGAAUUCGAAAAAAGUGUGACAGGCGCUAAAAAAAAUCUGCAAGACGGUUUGCUUCCGACGGGCUUAAAAUAAAAUAAAAAAAUGAAAAAAUCUACGUUUAUAGACAGGCGAGGCAAGGCAAUUAUCUGCCUCCACCAGUCCCUAAGUAGAUUUAGCGCUCUUCGGAAAUAGACCGCCCUAUUUCUAGGUUUAUUUAUUUAUAUCGCUUAUUGAAGAUAAUAAAAUUGUUAAUUACGUUUA